CUAAGCUGUAUUUAAAGCGUUUAAGCUCUUAAUGUUAGCUUAUAGUUUUCGCCAUAGUUAGCUUAACUAGCCUAGCUAGUCUAACAGUGGAGGUAAUAACGUGUAACACUCACUGCAGCUGGUUUUCCUGGUGUGUGUGUGAGUGUGGACUAGUUUGUCAGGUUGAGCAGGCUGGUUUUAAGGCGUGCCCAGUGCAGUUUCUGUGUACAGCCAGUUAACUAGGAACACUACUGUUAUCGAUAAGUGAGAUAGCUAAAAGCAGACAGUACUGAUGGAAAUACAGCACUAUAGAUUCACUAGCUAACCUGGGUUUACCUGAACUGAGAGGAUAACUUACUGAAGUGUCAGCUGGUCAGUGAUGGUGUAGACUGGAGUUCUGUGCUGCUGGGACUGUGAGGAGAGGAGGAGAAGGAGGAGGUGGGUAGAUCAGCCUGGAGCAGCAACACUGAGUGUUUGGUGCCUGCCAGUGUCGUCCAGCCAUGGCAGAGCAGGAACCGCCAGUGGAGAAGCCUCCGGUUGGCCUGGCCUCUCACUUCAUCAUUGGCUCUGUGUCGGAGGACAACUCUGAGGAUGAGAUUCUGAGCAAGGUGGAGAUUCCCGUGGAGGAGAAAGAGCGCUCCCUCUCUCCAUCCUCCGUCAGCUCAGACAGCACAUACGAGAUGGGCUUCGAAAGCCUGGACGGGCCAUUGCACAACAUGAGGCCCAGUAUGUCAGGGCUGCACUUGGUGAAGCAGGGCCGAGAUCGGAGGCGCAUAGACCUGCAGAGGGACUUCACAGUGGCCUCCCCUGCUGAGUUUGUCACCCGCUUUGGAGGAAAUAAAGUCAUUGAAAAGGUGCUCAUUGCCAACAAUGGCAUUGCUGCAGUCAAGUGUAUGCGCUCUAUCCGACGCUGGGCUUAUGAGAUGUUCCGGAAUGAGCGGGCCAUCCGCUUUGUCGUUAUGGUCACCCCUGAGGAUCUGAAGGCCAAUGCAGAGUACAUCAAAAUGGCUGAUCACUAUGUACCAGUUCCUGGAGGAACCAACAAUAACAACUAUGCGAAUGUGGAGCUUAUUUUGGACAUUGCCAAGCGCAUACCAGUUCAGGCUGUGUGGGCUGGCUGGGGUCAUGCAUCGGAGAACCCUAAACUUCCUGAGCUGCUGCACAAAAACGGCAUUGCCUUCAUGGGUCCUCCCAGCCAGGCGAUGUGGGCUCUAGGAGACAAGAUUGCCUCUUCUAUUGUGGCACAAACUGCUGGCAUCCCCACUCUACCAUGGAGCGGAUCAGGGCUAACCGUUGAGUGGUCAGAAAAUGACCAGAAGAAGCAUAUCAUCAACGUUCCAGAAGAUCUCUACGAGCAGGGCUGUAUCAAUGACGUGGAGGAUGGUCUAAAGGCUGCAGAAAAGGUGGGCUAUCCUGUGAUGGUGAAAGCCUCAGAGGGUGGAGGAGGAAAGGGCAUUCGCAAGGUCAACAGUGCAGAUGAUUUCCCCAUCCUCUUCAGACAGGUGCAAACGGAGGUUCCUGGCUCCCCGAUAUUCGUCAUGCGCCUGGCUAAGCACGCACGCCACCUGGAGGUGCAGAUCCUGGCAGAUCAGUACGGAAACGCCAUCUCCUUGUUCGGCAGAGACUGCUCCGUUCAGCGACGACACCAGAAAAUCAUAGAAGAGGCCCCUGCCACCAUCGCCACCUCUGAUGUGUUUGAGAAUAUGGAGGGGUGUGCAGUGAAGCUGGCUAAGAUGGUGGGCUAUGUGAGCGCAGGCACAGUGGAGUAUCUGUACAGUCAGGACGGCAGUUUCUACUUCCUAGAACUGAACCCACGUCUGCAGGUGGAACACCCCUGCACAGAGAUGGUGGCUGACGUCAACCUUCCUGCUGCCCAGCUGCAGAUUGCCAUGGGCAUCCCUCUGCACCGCAUCAAGGACAUCCGCAUGCUGUACGGCAUGCAGCCGUGGGGAGACUCAGCCAUUGACUUUGAGGGGCUCUCUACCACCCCCUCCCCCCGAGGACAUGUCAUUGCAGCCCGUAUCACCAGUGAAAACCCAGAUGAGGGGUUCAAGCCCAGUUCAGGGACUGUACAGGAGCUGAACUUCCGCAGCAACAAAAACGUGUGGGGCUACUUCAGCGUGGCAGCUGCAGGUGGGCUGCACGAGUUUGCAGAUUCUCAGUUUGGACACUGCUUCUCAUGGGGCGAGAACCGUGAAGAGGCUAUCUCAAACAUGGUGGUAGCUCUGAAAGAGCUGUCUAUCAGAGGGGACUUCAGGACCACAGUGGAGUAUCUGAUCAAACUGCUGGAGACGGAGAGCUUCCAGCACAACAGCAUUGACACCGGCUGGCUGGACAGACUCAUCUCUGAGAAGAUGCAGGCGGAAAGGCCAGACACUAUUUUGGGGAUAGUGAGUGGAGCGCUGCAUGUAGCAGACGUGAACUUCAGAAACAGCGUGUCUAACUUCCUGCAUUCUCUAGAGAGGGGUCAGGUGUUGCCUGCCAACACUCUGUUGAACACAGUGGAUGCGGAGUUGAUCUAUGAGGGCACCAAGUAUGUUCUGAAAGUGACCCGUCAGUCUCCCACCUCCUACGUGGUCAUCAUGAACCAGUCUUCAGUAGAGGUGGACGUCCACAGGCUGAGUGAUGGGGGUCUGCUCCUGUCCUAUGAUGGCAGCAGCUACACCACAUAUAUGAAGGAGGAGGUGGACAGGUACCGUAUCACCAUCGGUAAUAAGACGUGUGUGUUUGAGAAGGAGAACGACCCGUCCCUGCUGCGCUCGCCAUCUGCUGGAAAACUCAUUCAGUACACUGUUGAAGAUGGAGGCCAUUUGUUUGCAGGACAGUGUUACGCUGAAAUUGAGGUGAUGAAGAUGGUGAUGACACUGACUGCAAUGGAGUCUGGCUGUAUCCACUAUGUAAAGAGAGCAGGAGCGGUUCUGGAACCAGGCUGUGUCAUCGCUAAACUACAGUUAGAUGACCCCAGCAGAGUCCAGCAGGCGGAGUUACACACAGGAGCUUUGCCCAAUGUCCAAGCCGUGGCUCUCAGAGGAGAGAAGCUGCACAGAGUCUUCCACAAUACCCUGGACCACCUGGUGCACAUCAUGAACGGCUUCUGUUUGCCAGAGCCCUUCUUCAGUGCUAAACUGAAGGAGUGGGUUGAGCGUCUGAUGAAGACCCUGCGGGACCCCUCUCUCCCCCUGCUGGAGCUGCAGGACAUCAUGACCAGCGUGUCUGGCCGAAUCCCUCCUGCAGUUGAGAAGGCCAUUAAGAAAGAGAUGGCUCAGUACGCCAGCAAUAUCACCUCUGUGCUCUGCCAAUUCCCCAGCCAACAGAUUGCCAACAUUCUGGACAGUCACGCUGCUACACUGAACAGGAAGUCAGAACGUGAGGUCUUUUUCAUGAACACCCAGAGCAUUGUACAGCUCGUCCAAAAGUAUCGCAGUGGUAUCCGUGGUCAUAUGAGGGCAGUGGUGAUGGACCUCCUGAGGCAGUACUUAAAGGUGGAGGUGCAGUUUCAACAUGGACACUAUGACAAGUGUGUUUUUGCACUGCGUGAAGAGAACAAAGGAGACAUGGCCAAUGUGCUCAACUAUAUCUUCUCUCACGCUAAGGUCACUAAGAAGAACUCUCUGGUCACCAUGCUGAUUGAUCAGCUGUGUGGGAGGGACCCUACACUGACAGAUGAGCUCAUGGCCAUCCUUACUGAACUCACACAGCUCAGCAAGACUACCAAUGCCAAAGUGGCGCUGCGUGCCCGCCAGGUGCUGAUUGCGUCUCAUCUGCCCUCAUAUGAGCUGCGGCACAAUCAGGUGGAGUCCAUCUUCCUCUCAGCCAUCGACAUGUACGGACACCAGUUCUGCAUCGAGAACCUACAGAAACUGAUUCUCUCUGAGACAUCCAUCUUUGACGUGCUGCCCAAUUUCUUCUACCACAGUAACCAAGUGGUGAGAAUGGCUGCUCUGGAGGUGUACGUUCGGAGAGCCUACAUUGCGUACGAGCUCAACAGCGUCCAGCACCGCCAGCUGAAGGACAACACCUGCAUCGUGGAGUUCCAGUUCAUGCUGCCCACCUCACAUCCCAACAGAGGGAACAUCCCCACGUUAAACAGGAAAAAAUCCCUGCCACUACAGGACAACAAAACAGCAGCUAACAAAGCUAACAGCUGUGUGAGUGAUGCUAGCAGAGUUAGCAUUUGCACAGCUACAGCUAGUGACCUAGCCAUGAGUGAAGACAGAAUGUCCUUUUCGUCCAACCUGAACCACUACGGCAUGGUUCACGUGGCCAGUGUGAGCGAUGUUCUGCUGGACACUUCUUUCACCCCACCCUGCCAGCGCAUGGGAGCCAUGGUGUCUUUCCGCUCCUUCCAAGAGUUCACCAGGAACAUUAAAGACGUUCUCAGCUGUUUCUCAGACUCUCCCCCUACAAGCCCCUCCUUCCCUGAAGGGGGAAACCCUGUGCUGUAUGGUGAAGAAGAUAACAAGAGCAUUCAAGACGAGCCUAUCCACAUUCUUAAUGUGGCGAUUAAGACAGACAGCGACAUUGAUGAUGAUGGCCUCGCUGCCAUGUUCCGAGAGUUCACCCAGACUAAAAAAUCGAUGCUCUUCGAGCAUGGCAUCCGAAGACUUACCUUCCUUGUGGCUCAGAAGGAUUUCAGGAAACAGAUCAACUGUGAGGUGGACCAGAGGUUCCAUAGGGAGUUCCCCAAAUUCUUCACCUUCCGUGCGAGAGACAAGUUUGAAGAAGAUCGAAUCUACCGGCACUUGGAGCCUGCCCUGGCCUUCCAGCUAGAGCUGAACCGCAUGCGGAACUUCGCACUGACCGCCAUCCCCUGUGCCAACCACAAGAUGCACUUGUAUCUGGGAGCGGCUCGCGUGGAAGUAGGCACUGAGGUGACAGACUACCGCUUCUUCGUACGUGCGAUCAUUCGCCACUCCGACCUAGUCACCAAGGAAGCCUCAUUUGAGUACCUGCACAAUGAGGCUGAGCGUCUGCUACUGGAAGCUAUGGAUGAGCUGGAGGUGGCCUUUAAUAAUACCACAGUGCGCACUGACUGCAACCACAUCUUCCUCAACUUUGUUCCCACUGUCAUCAUGGACCCCUCUAAGAUUGAAGAGUCUGUCCGUUCCAUGGUCAUGCGAUAUGGAAGCCGGCUCUGGAAGCUGCGUGUUCUCCAAGCUGAGCUAAAGAUAAACAUUCGUCUGACCCCCACGGGCAAGCAGAUCCCCAUCCGCCUCUUCCUAACCAAUGAGAGCGGCUACUACCUGGACAUCAGCCUCUACAAGGAGGUCACCGACUCCCGUACGGGACAGGUGGGGCCCAAAGACCGACAGAUCAUGUUCCAGGCCUAUGGAGAUAAGCAGGGUCCUCUGCAUGGCAUGCUGAUAAACACCCCCUACGUCACCAAGGAUCUGCUGCAGUCCAAACGCUUCCAAGCCCAGAGCCUGGGUACCACCUACGUCUACGACCUCCCUGAAAUGUUCCGACAGGCCCUGAAGAAGGUCUGGCAGUCCAUGGAUACAUAUGCUCACCUACCCAAGUGCCCCCUGCCUUCUGAGCUGCUGACCUUCACAGAGCUGGUGCUGGACCCACAGGGCCAGCUGGUGCAGAUGAACCGCCUGCCUGGGGGAAAUGAGAUCGGCAUGGUGGCAUGGCGGAUGACCUUGCGCACGCCAGAGUACCCAGCAGGCCGGGAUAUCAUUGUGAUCAGUAACGACAUCACUCAUAAGAUCGGCUCAUUUGGGCCUCAGGAGGACGUGCUGUACCAGCAGGCUUCGGAAAUGGCACGUGAAAGCGGAAUCCCACGCAUUUACAUCGCCGCCAACAGCGGGGCGCGCAUCGGACUGGCUGAGGAGAUCAGACACAUGUUCCACGUGGCCUGGCAAGACCCAGCUGACCCCUACAAGGGGUUUAAGUACCUCUACCUCACACCUCAGGACUACAAGAAGGUGUCUGCACUGAACUCUGUGCACUGUGAACACGUGGAAGAUGAGGGAGAAUCUAGGUAUAAGAUUACUGAUAUUAUUGGGAAGGAGGAGGGUUUGGGAGUAGAGAACCUGAGAGGCUCUGGAAUGAUCGCUGGAGAAUCUUCACUGGCCUAUGAAGAGAUCAUCACCAUGAACCUGGUGACGUGCAGGGCUAUAGGUAUAGGAGCUUAUCUGGUGCGUCUCGGCCAGAGGACCAUUCAGGUGGAGAACUCCCACAUCAUCCUAACAGGAGCUGGAGCUCUCAACAAGGUGUUGGGCCGUGAAGUGUACACGUCUAACAACCAGCUGGGAGGGGUGCAGAUCAUGCACAAUAACGGCGUCACACACACUACAGUGUGUGAUGACUUUGAAGGUGUUUACACUCUGCUGCUGUGGCUCUCCUACAUGCCCAAGAACACAUCCAGCCCUGUUCCACUACUGGCUGCUAAGGACCCCAUUGACAGACCAGUGGAGUUUGUGCCCACCAAAGCACCCUACGACCCUCGGUGGAUGCUGGCAGGCCGACCCAACCAGAAUCCUAAAGGAGUGUGGGUGAGCGGCUUCUUUGAUCAGGGCUCCUUCAUGGAGAUCAUGCAGCCGUGGGCUCAGAGUGUAGUAGUAGGCCGAGCCAGGUUGGGCGGGAUCCCAACUGGAGUAGUUGCUGUGGAGACCAGAUCUGUUGAGCUGUCCAUCCCUGCAGAUCCAGCUAAUCUGGACUCUGAGGCCAAGAUCAUCCAGCAGGCUGGCCAAGUAUGGUUCCCAGACUCAGCCUUUAAAACAGCUCAAGCCAUUAAAGACCUGAACCGGGAGGGCCUUCCACUCAUUGUGUUCGCCAACUGGAGAGGCUUCUCUGGAGGCAUGAAAGACAUGUACGACCAAGUGCUAAAGUUUGGGGCGUACAUAGUGGAUGGGCUGAGGGAGUACAGACAGCCCGUGCUGGUCUACAUCCCCCCACAGGCUGAACUAAGAGGAGGCUCAUGGGUAGUAAUCGACCCCACCAUCAAUCCACGGCACAUGGAGAUGUACGCCGACAAGGACAGCCGUGGUGGAGUGUUGGAGCCAGAGGGCACAGUUGAGAUUAAAUUCCGCAAGAAGGAUCUGGUGAAGACCAUGAGACGUGUGGACCCUGUUUAUACUGGCCUGGCUGAGAGACUGGGGACUCCGGAGCUCUGCCCAUCAGAACGUAAGGAGCUGGAGACCAAACUGAAGGAAAGAGAGGAAUUCCUUCUUCCCAUCUACCAUCAGGUGGCAGUGCAGUUUGCCGACCUGCACGACACACCGGGGCGCAUGCAGGAGAAAGGAGUCAUCACUGAUGUCCUGGAGUGGCGAACAUCCCGACAGUUCUUCUACUGGCGGUUAAGGCGCCUCCUUCUGGAGGACACUGUAAAGAAGAAGAUCCAGCGGGCCAACAGUGAGCUGACUGAUGGUCAGGUGCAGGCCAUGCUUCGCCGCUGGUUCGUUGAGGCUGAAGGCGCUGUGAAGGCCUAUUUAUGGGACAGCAAUGAAGAUGUGGUGGAGUGGCUGGAGAGGCAGCUGACAGAGGAGGAAGGUGCCAGGUCCGUCAUUGACGAGAACAUUAAAUACAUCCGCAGGGAUCACAUUCUCAAACAGAUCCGCAGCCUGGUUCAAGCCAACCCAGAGGUAGCCAUGGACUCCAUCGUCCACAUGACCCAGCAUAUCUCCCCCACACAGCGGGCCGAGGUGGUGCGCAUCCUCUCCACCAUGGACGCCCCUGCUUCCUCCUAAACACACACUACACACGCACACACGCGCACACACGCACACACGCGCACACACACACACACACACACACACACACACACACACACACACAGCAUCCGGGCUUCACUAAUGCCACCAUUGAAGACUGGGCAAGAGGAGCCAACAUGAACUAUUGGUACUUGAGCUGUGUUGGCUGUGAUUCUGGACUCUGGAGUUGUGUAAAUUCAUUUUUGUGGCACUUGUCUCAGUGGGAAACCACUGUAUGGAAUAUUGCAUAUGUGAUUUGUUAAAGUCAAGAGACCAAUCUGAAUUCCAUGUGAAAAUCAAUCGUUUCAUAUUCGUGUGAAAAAUGUCGAGAAUAGCUUUCCCUUAUUAUUUAUGUUGUAGCCUUAGCAUGACCCAUGGAAAGCUGCUGCUCUUCUGCACUGGUCAGCACUGGUUAGCACAGCGCUGCUGUUUCUGUUUGCAUGAGUGAGGUCAGGAAAAAAAAAACUGAUUCAGGAUCAGAACAAACAAGCAUGUUCCAUUUACAGGAGCAAGCAAAAAGGAAAGGUUCUUAAAAGAUACUAGGCAUAGAGUAGCAAAGCUUCAAAGCUUCAACACAGCACAUACUACGUAGUUUUUAAGAUUAAUACAAUUAUAACCUGAUCUUAAACACACCUGUGAGUGCACCUUACCCCCAAACCCCUGUUCCCUAGCUAGACACGUGAUGUUCCGUAGAAGCACCUUCAAUGCCUUGUAUUGGUAUUUUAUUAUGGUGAUAACAAAUCCCAAAUGUUAGAAUAUUGACGUUGAAAAACUGUUUAAAUAGGUUUUAAGAAGAAAUGUCUUCUUAAAGAACAACCUAUUGGUCCUAAGCAAAGCAUGACAUGACAGCUUUAAGAACCAUUUAAUUUUGGUUCAUUGUUCGGUUUAAAAGUUCUUUAUAUACAAGAACACCUCUUGUAAAUCGUUCUUUUGAAAAGGUUCCACUUUUGUUCAGUUUGUCAAAAGCUGUGCUCACAUUACCAGACUAAAGUGAAUCAAAUCUGAUGUUUAGUUAGAUUAUUUUGUCAGGAAUGUGUGGACAUCUGUAAACUGUCAAAACAGAUUUAUGCGUUUUUCACCAGUGCACAUGCACAUAAUCAGCCAGCACCAGUCAGUGUUGUGCCAAAUUCUGACUCCCUACCAGAAUCCAACUCCUCUUCUCAUGCAUUUGUGUUGUUUAUGUUUAAGAAUGACUAUUAAUAUUACAUUUUUCUCCACAACAAACAACAGAAUAUCAUUAGGAUGAUGUGAGUCGGAUUGUGGUAGAGAGUCGGAAUUCAGAACAACACAAAACGGCACAGCAAAACUGUGGCAAUGUGCAAAAACUUGCCAAUUUAGGAACAAUUAGACCAAAUUAAACCAUUAAUAUCCAAAAAAAAGAAUCCAAAUCUGACCUAAGCAAAAAAAAUUAUAAUAAUUUAUUAAUGAACUUUGUAAUGUGAACACAGGCAAAAACUCUAUAACUAUUUAUUUAGUGUAGCUUAUAUUAUUCCCUAAUUUAUGAAUAAAAGUCCUUGUUUAAAAAAAUAAUAAUAAUAAAAUACAGAAACAUUAGAUAAGCUUUAGUUAGAUCUGCUAAACAACAAAACAGAACAAGUGUGCUUUGACCUUCGCACUAGAAAUCUAGGACCAAAACUAAAGUCAUUAAAAAAUAACUUUUUUUAGUAGAAAAGACUGCUGUACACUUAAGUGAAUAGAUGAAAUGUCCUGUUUGUAAGAAAGAGGGGUGAAUGAGGGGGGUUGAAUGGGAGUAAUUAGUGAUAUGAGGUGAGUGAUGGAGGUAUAAUGAGUGGUUUGGUCAAGUAUGUGUGUAAAAUGCUGCUGUGCUGCGUUCAGAAUCGCUCUCUAUUACAGAAAUAGUGCACUAUAUGUACUAUUUAGUGGUCAGUAGUGCAGUAUCUGUGUAAUAGGGAGAGUGAUUCUGGACGCAGCUCUGGAGAGUGUUGAGGAUAAAUAACACUGGGAGUAUUUAACUGUGUGAAAGGUCAGAGGAGACUCUUGAAGACGUGUGUCUGGUGUUUUCUGCUGACCUGGAUUGAUGGUGGAAGUGCUGGCUCUGCGCCGAGCGCCGGCUUGUCUGACCUGUUAAACUCUCCUGUAACUGUUACUGAAGAGACCGGUGGCUGGUUGAACAGAGGUGUAUGUUUACUGUUGCGAACUUGAGUUGCCUAUUAUCUCAAUAUAACAGAAUAAAACCUGUCUAUAAAACAUGA